UUUUUCUGAUUUCUUACAAAAUUCAACAAAAUUUUUAAUAUUUUCACAAUUUUUCUUAAAAAUACGGAAAUAUGUUUUCUUUUAAACCUCUUUCAUUAAGACUAUUAAACCAAAAGAUACCCCGUCGCUGUUUCUCCUUUUUGGAACAUUUUUGUAAAAAGAACGCCAGUGAGGGAAAUAAUAUAAAGGAUUCAGGACCCAGUGUUACUAUACAAUUGGAAAAUAGCUUUAAAUUAUACAAUUUGGAAAAAGAGCCCUGUUCCUCUAUAUGUUUGAGCCAACAACUGGCCUUAAAAUUGUACCAAGAAAUGCAAACUAUAAGAAGAAUGGAAAAUGCUUGUGGUAAUUUGUAUAAGGAAAAGUUAAUAAGAGGAUUUUGUCAUUUAUAUGUGGGUCAAGAGGCCUGUUGUGUGGGCAUUAAAUCUUCUAUGAGAUCUCAAGACACCAUUAUCACUUCAUAUCGUUCACAUGGCUGGACCUGGCUGAUGGGUGUUUCUAUAUAUAACAUUAUAGCGGAACUGUGCCAAAAACAAACAGGCUGCAGUCGAGGCAAGGGAGGCUCUAUGCAUACUUACGCCCCUAACUUUUUCGGAGGCAAUGGUAUAGUAGGAGCUCAAACCCCUUUAGGGGCGGGAAUAGCUUUUGCUCAUGCCUAUAAUUGUGACGGAGGUGUUAAUUUCGCCUGCUAUGGUGAUGGUGCUGCCAACCAGGGACAGCUGCAUGAAGUAUUCAAUAUAGCCUGUCUGUGGAAAUUACCGGUGGUUUUUGUUUGUGAAAAUAAUAAAUAUGGCAUGGGUACGUCUAUGAAAAGAUCUUCUUGCAGUACAGAUUAUUAUACUAGAGGUGAUUAUAUACCGGGACUCUGGGUUAAUGGUAACGAUGUUUUGGCUGUACGUAGUGCUGCGGAAUUUGUUAUAAAUCAUGCUCGUUCAUGUGGUCCUAUAGUCAUGGAAUUAGAAACUUAUCGUUAUCAUGGUCAUUCAAUGUCUGAUCCGGGUACUAGUUAUCGUAAGAGGGAAGAAGUUCAAAUCAUGCGUGAGAAAUAUGAUCCGAUAACUACGUUUAGGGAUUUGUGUUUGAAGCAUAAAUUGAUAAAGGAAGAAGAGUUUAAGAAAAUCGAUGAUACCAUUAAAACCGAAAUAGAUGAGAUCGUCAAACAAGUUAGACUAGAAAAAGAAACGGAUCCUGCUGAAUUGGCCACUGAUGUUUAUGCUCAAAAUUUAGAGGGCAAAAUUAGAAAUAUUAUAUGGCGCGAUUUAAAACAUACUAAUGUAGGAAUACGCCUAAUACCCCCGGGUACGGUGAAGGCUACACCCAAAUCGGAAAUAAAAGAAUUACCCAAGCCAGAAGCAAAAACCGAGGCAAAACCCUUAACUGAGGCGGAUAAGAAAAAAGAUGAUUUAAAGGAGCAACAGAAGAAAGGGGAAGUUAAAAAUGAUGAAGCUAAAAAUGCAAAACAAGCUAAAGAACAAACUAAAGAUUUAGCUAAAAAACCGGCUCCAGCUGCUAAACCCAAAACGGAGGCGAAAGAUAAAGAUAAAAAGCCCAAAGAUCCGAAAAAGAAAUAAGGGGAAUUGAAGAAAAAUUUGGUUUAAAAUUGUUAUUGAAAACCAUUUUCAUGUUGUUGAAGUUCAAAAUUUUGUCAAAUUACACAACUUUUAUUAAAAUUACACGAACUUUACAUUGUUUACAUCAGGUAAAGGCUUAUAAAUUUUAUAAAAAUUUCAAUAAAUUUUUAAAGCUUUAAAUUACAUGA